AUGCAAAUCAUUCCAUCAUCUACCAUCAUUUGCAAUUUCACAACCACAUGCCUCAUGUACGAAAUACUUGGCUCUGCAUAUAUCCUUGGCGCUCCUUCAAGCCAUCUUGAGAAAAUUUACGAGGACGAGUCGCGAUCGUUGGAGCCGUGGAGCGAUUCGCCCGGUGAGGUCUCCAUAGAAGACUGGAGAGAUCAUCUCGGGGACCCAAGAUACCAGCGAGCUUAUGUGGACUUCUUUGAAGAUCAGCUCGUCCAAGCUGGCUAUGAUUGGAAACAGGUUCUGAAUAAGUUCCUGUUUGAGGGCAAAGAGCCGCUCUUCAACAAUCUGAUUUCCGGUCUUGGCCAUUGCCUAAUCCACCUUGGAUAUGCUUAUGAGCUGGACUCCAGGGAGAUUUCCAUGGAGGCCCUGGGCUUGACAACGUGCUUUUACGGGCCUCUUCAUAAGUACAUUGACGAUCCCGCUUAUUCCAAAGCUUCCUCUGCGCCGUCUUCCUUCGCCAAACCUUCCUCGUCGACCCUCGAGAUCCUUAUGAGAAUCCGGGAUGACUCUCGAUUCGAUGAUAUACCAAAUCACAAGCGUGCUAUAAGUCUGGAAGAGCUGUUUGAGACCCAUGAGGCUGCAUUACUAGAGCAUUGGAACUCAUGGCAGCUACCGCAGCCAAGAGCUCAAUUUGAGGAAAGCCAGGCGACUCCAACUUCUCUACUCGUAGGCUCUUACAACAAGGAUGGCAGCAAAGAUUAUGACUUCUUCCUGGUCCAUCUCUUGACCACAAGUCAUGCGGUUCGUAUUCUCCUACCUAUAAUUCCCCCGAAGCUUCACGUGACGUUGGUCAAACAGUGGUGGCUCUUCGUGGUGGCUGUAUACAUCAUACAAGGUCGCCCUGCCGUGGAUAGAGAAAGGUUUCUGAAACACGACAUCGGUUCCAAAGAUUGGACGUGGAUCGACACUGAAGCGAAAGAAGGCAAAUGGUCUCUUGAUGCUCAUUUCGUCAAAGCCUUGCGGUCGAUGAAAGUCGCAGCAGAGACAUGGGAAGACGAGAAGCAUGAUAACUUCUAUCUGAAAGCUGCUGUCAAGAUGGUGGAAGAAUACAACGGUUGGGGAGGUUUUGGGUUCAUGAAAGAAGGUUGA